UAUCUGCGCUCGCUUUUGUUCGUAUCGAUGAUCAUUGGCAUCAAGAGACACGGUUUUGCGCAAAAUGCAGACGCGAAGCGCGCACGCUGCUGAGUAAAUUACGCUGAACUGACUACCUGAGUAGGUGUACGCGCGCGACAAAAGUUUCGCGCGUAACUGUAACUCGUGCGAGUCAUCACAAAAUAAUAUUCGUGUCUCGAAUAUUAAAAUAGUCAUAUGAAACGUGUCGUUUUUUUCUUGAGCAAGACCGCGCGUCAUUCUCAAGUCACCCUUCGACGCGAUCACAUUAACAGAUAUAAUCCCAAAGAUGUACUUUCUAUUAAAUAUUUUAGCGAGCUAAUUUUGCGGGUCGAUGCAUUAUUCCGCAGCGAGAUGGAUGCGCCACUGCCACGAGGCAAGAAAUAACGCCAACACCUUCAAAAGCAUCAUCUCAACGGCGAUUCCGCAUUCUUUCUCCGCGAUUUUCUCCGUUUCGUUCUCAUGCUUGCGCGUUUUCAUAAUCGAAUGCCGUGCUGCCUCGCACCGCACGCGACGCAAUCAUUCAUUCUUCUCAACCAUGCACUUGCCGCAUUUUCGCAACGCUUUACAGUUAGUGUCAUACGUUCUAAAGUCGCGUCUCAUUCAAUUGCAAAAUCGGUUAAUUAAACAAAUUCGCCGAAGCCAACAAUGUACAACAUCGUAACGUUUUAUAUCAAAAGGCAGCGCAUAGUUACAACCGUAACUAAGUUGCUGAUGAAAGAGCAUUGAAGAAUGACUGUAACUGUGAGGAGAAUCGGUCGCAGAAAUCGCUCUACGUGUCUCGCGUAGAAAAAUUUCUAACAGCUCCAUGUAACCGUAACAGACGUUAAUUGCCGAGAGUAAAACUACCAGCUGGCGGGUCUACUGUCGUACUGUUUGCUAUCCUGAUAAUGACGUGCAUAUACGUAUGAGCCCGAGAUGGUGGUGUUGAAACCGUGCGUCAGGUAGUCAGGAAUUCCUGCAUUCCUGUACAGGGAUGUGUAAUAUAAUAAUUGCGUGCACGUGUGUCCACAAUGAUGGGAUGUGAUCAAUUUAACAUCGAGAUUCCCCCUUCCAUUGUUGAUGCGCGAGCUGUGUAGACAUCAGAAGCUUACGGCACGUAGAACUGUGAUUACUAACCACGGAUUCAGUAGGCAGCUGGCACGCGAAACGGAUUUACGUCGACAUGUCGGUGGAUCAGCAAUUUGAAGCAGCCGCUGAAGCUGUAAAAACACUCACAAAACGUCCCAGUGACGAGGAACUUUUGGAACUCUACGCCUUAUUUAAACAAGCUACAGUUGGAGAUAACAACACAUCUAAACCUGGCAUGCUGGAUCUGAAAGGAAAAGCGAAGUGGGAAGCUUGGAACAAGAAGAAGGGCACUUCGCAAGAGGCUGCGAAGCAAGCCUACAUUGAUUAUGCCAAUAAAUUGAUCGAAAAAUAUAAAUAAAAUUACAUAGGUUAAUCUUCGUGAAUUAUUCCGCAAGAUGACAUAUGUAUUUCGCAAGAUAACAUAUGUACGUGUUUAGUGCAAUUCCACUUCACUAUUCAAGAUUUUAUUUAAAAAAUGUAAUGAUGGUUUUGCUUUCAUUAAUAUUUUGUAUAUGUAUAUAAAUAUAUGUAUACAAAUAAAAAAUAUAUAAAUAUACAAUAAAAUAUAUGUAAUAUGAAAACUAUUACUUUAUGCUAUUCAGUCAUA